AUGAGUUCCUCGGAGGAGAACUUUGAUCUCGACAAUAUCUCUGAUUCCGGUUCGGACACGGAGGGGUAUGAACCAGCGCCGAAGAAAAUUACAAAGGCAGCCCCCAAGACGAAGGCAGCUCCCAAGGCGACGUCGGCUCCCAAGGCGAAGGCGGCUCCUAAGGCCCCCACGAAACCAAGAGCACCGAAGAAGGUGUUAGUCGACAAGAAUGAUAAUGCAGAUUCCGAUGGAGAUCAAGACAGUGACGACGGCCGCGACAAUCGCGCCGGUCCAAGUGCUGCGUCGGUUGAGCCUACUGCCGCCAAUGGGAAGAAGAAGACCGCGUCGGAGAUGUACACCAAGCUUUCCCAAUUGGAGCACAUCCUGAAGCGACCGGAUUCGUAUAUUGGCAGCGUCGAGACUAUCACACAAGCAAUGUGGGCUUGGGACUCGGAGAGGAAGCUCAUGGUGCAUAGGGACAUUAAGUAUGUUCCUGGUUUCUUCAAGAUUGUUGACGAAAUCCUCGUAAACGCUGCCGAUAACAAGAUCAACGAUACAAGCAUGGAUGCCAUCAAGGUAACUAUCGACGCGGAAAACAACGUCAUCUCGGUAUACAACAACGGACGCGGUAUCCCAAUUGUGAUGCACGAGAAGGAGAAGAUGUACAUCCCGGAGCUUAUUUUCGGCCAUUUGCUAUCGUCAUCGAACUACGAUGACGACGAGAGGAAGCUCACGGGUGGGCGUAACGGAUACGGUGCCAAGCUCGCCAACAUAUACUCCGUGGAGUUCACGGUCGAGACUGCCGACAAGAAGACGAGCCAGAAAUACGUGCAGACGUGGACAGACAACAUGACCAAGAUGAGCAAGGCGAAAAUUACGAAGAACUCACGCAAUGAGGAAUACACGCGUGUCACGUUCAAGCCGGACUUGAGGCGUUUCGGGAUGGACACGAUCGACGAGGAUACAGUUGCGUUGCUGAAGAAGCGCGUGCAUGAUCUCGCGGGCACCGUCAAGGACAUCAAGGUGUUCCUGAAUGAUGAGCGGCUGAAGAUCAAGAAUUUCAAGCAGUAUGUCGAGCUCUACCUCAAUUCGGCGUUGGAGCAAGCCGCCGACGCUUCGGGCGGGGCGGUGCAGGCGAAGCCCACACUCAUCUACGAGCAACCCGACCCUCGGUGGGAGGUCGCGUUUGCGGUCUCGGAGGGCACAUUCCAACAGGUCUCGUUUGCGAACUCUAUUUCGACUGUGAAGGGUGGCACGCAUGUCACGCUCAUCGCCGACCAGAUUGCCAAGUCUCUCAUCAGCUCUAUCACGAAAAAGAACAAGGCGGCGACAGUCAAGCCCGCACAGAUCAAGAACCACAUGUGGAUCUUCGUGAAUGCGCUGAUUGAGAACCCGACAUUCGACAGUCAGACAAAGGAGACGUUGACGCUCCCCGCCAGUAAAUUUGGCACAAAGCCUGCCCUUUCUGAAGACUUUAUGAAGAAAAUCCAAAAGUCUUCCAUCGUCGAUCAUGUGCUCAAUUGGGCGAAGUUCAAGGCCGACCAACAAAUGAAGAAGACUGACGGUAGCCGACGCAACAGGCUGUCCGGCCUUCCAAAGCUCUGUGAUGCUAACAACGCUGGGACGAAGAAAGCCGGUGAUUGUACACUCAUCCUUACGGAGGGAGACUCUGCCAAGUCACUCGCGGUCGCUGGCCUGGCUGUUGUUGGCCGUGAUAAUUACGGUGUCUUUCCACUGCGUGGUAAGAUGCUCAAUGUGCGAGACGCGAAGCAUGACCAGAUCAUGAAGAACGAGGAGAUUCAAAAUAUCAAGAAGAUCUUGGGUCUGCAACAUAACAAGGACUACAAAGAUGUGAACAGUUUGCGGUAUGGACACCUCAUGAUUAUGACGGAUCAGGAUCACGAUGGCUCACACAUCAAGGGCUUGCUCAUUAAUUAUCUAGAUCAUUUUUAUCCGUCCUUGCUUAAGAUUCCCAGCUUCUUGGUAGAGUUCAUCACCCCCAUCAUCCGAGUGAAGAAGGGUAACCAGAAGAUUGACUUCUACACACUUCCGGAGUACGAGCAAUGGCUAGAGGAAACGCCGGGGGCUCUUAGAUGGAUUCCCAAGUACUUCAAGGGUCUGGGAACGAGCACUGACGCAGAUGGACGCGAGUACUUCCGCAAGAUGGGCAAACACAUGAUUCCUUUCGGUACCACUGAAGAGGGCGAUCGCGAGCUCAUUGAGCUGGCGUUCAGCAAGAAGAAGGCAGAUGAUCGCAAGGAAUGGCUUCGUCAGUUUAAGCCCGGUACUUAUAUCGACCACACCAUGGGCGAAAUCCCGUACUCAGACUUCAUCAACAAGGAACUGAUUCUCUUCUCGAUGGCGGACAAUAUUCGUUCCAUUCCGUCCGUCGCGGAUGGACUAAAGCCGGGUCAGAGAAAAGUUGUAUGGGCUUGUUUCAAGCGCAAGCUCAAGGAGGAAAUCAAGGUUGCCCAACUUACAGGAUACAUAUCCGAGCAUUCAGCAUACCAUCACGGAGAACAGAGUUUGGUGAUGACGAUCGUUAACCUGGCGCAGAACUUUGUCGGUAGCAACAAUAUGAACUUGCUCAUGCCGAAUGGACAAUUCGGUACGCGGGACCAGGGGGGGAAGGACCACGCGUCCGCGAGGUAUAUCUUCACAGAGUUGUCCCCGAUUACUCGGGCGGUUCUGCACUCCGCGGAUGAUCCCCUCAUGGCCUACCUCACGGAUGACGGCAAGUCGAUCGAACCGGAGUGGUAUCUCCCUGUGGUUCCCCUGGUGCUGAUGAACGGAGCCGAGGGCAUCGGAACUGGCUGGAGCACGACCAUCCCCAGCUACAAUCCGGAAGAUAUCGUCGCAAACAUCCGCCGCUUGAUGAACGGUGAGGAGCAGAUACCUAUGCUACCUUGGUGGCGGGGUUUCCAGGGCACUAUCAAGAAGGUCGGCGAACACAAGUACGACGUGCUCGGUAACGUCAACAAAAUCGACGACUCGACCAUUGAAGUCACGGAAUUGCCAAUCCACAAGUGGACGCAGUCCUACAAAGCAGAGCUGGAAGCUAUGUGUGGCGAGAAGGGGGACGGUGUGAUCAAAGACUACAAAGAAUACCAUGGAAACGUGAACGUCCACUUUGUCAUCAGCAUGGAUCCUAAAAACGUGGAGAAGGCGGAAGCGCAAGGUUUGCACGAGUUCUUCAAACUUACCACUAAGAUCAACACCAGCAACAUGAUUUGCUUCGAUUUCGACGGAAAGAUUAGGAAAUACGGCUCUCCGGAGGAGAUCAUCGAAGAGUUUUAUCCCAAGCGCCUGGCUUAUUAUCAGAAGCGGAAGGACUUCCUGGCGAACGAAUUGCAGACCCAGCUCGAGCGUCUCAAUAACCAGGCCCGUUUCGUGCAGAUGAUAGUAGACAAGGAGUUGGUCGUCUCGAAUCGCAAGAAGGCAGACAUCGUCACUGAGCUGCGCAAGAAGCAGUUCCGUCCGUUCCCCAAAGUCGCCAAGGCGAAGGCUGCUGGAGAAGACGAGGAAGCUUUGGAGGACGAAGACGACGACACUGCGGGAACUGCUAACACCAGUGAUUACGACUACCUGCUCGGGAUGCCGAUCUACAGUUUAACCAGGGAAAAGAUCGAGAAGCUGCGUCAACAGGGCAAGGACAAGGAGACUGAGCUUUUGACUUUACUGGAGCUCACGCCUGUACAAAUCUGGCAGACUGAUCUGGACAAGUUCCUUGCUGAGUGGAAGCUCACAUGCGACGCAUGGGAGGCAGAUGCGUCCGCUGCCGUCAUCGGCAAGGGCAAAGGCAAACGCAAGCAGGCCACUCUCAAGGCGUUCAAGAAGAAAGUGGGCGAUGACGAUGAAUUCGACGAUGACUUCAAGCCCACGAAGGCCGCCGCUAAGUCUAAGAAGGUCGCAGAACCUAAGACUGCAAAGAAACCUGCGCAGGCCGGUCCGUCUGGCGCGAAGAUCGAAGUGGAGGACGAUGACGAUCUGCCACCACUUCCGAAGAAAGCUGCGAACAAAGCACCGACGAAGACUAAGGUCGAAUCCGACAUCGAGAUGUCGGAGGAACCGGCUGCUGCGCCAAAGAAGCGAGCAGCUAAGGAGGACUCAGAUUCUGAUAUCGAGAUCGUGCCAAUGGGCAAAGGCAAGGGGAGAGCUGCUCCUGCUAAGCGCAAAAGUCCCGAAAUCGAUGAGGAUGAUUCAGACGACGACAUCGCAAUGAAGCCGGCCAAGAAGAAGAAAUCUGACUCCGCUCAGGCUGCGAUGACAGACUUCUUUGACAAGGUACCUGCAGCAGCGGCUAAGAAACCUACCGCACGCAAACCUUCGUCAAGUGCACCGGCUGGCGCGACGAAGGGCCGUGCUGCAUCGGGUACAAAGAAGGCUACGAAGAAGGUAAUCGAGAGCGACGGAGAGGAUGUGGUGAUGGACGAUGAGGAACCGCUGGCCCGACCUCCACCAGCUAAAUCGAUGGCGCGCAAAGCCUCCAGCGCUGCUAGUGCGAACAAAGCCGUGGAGAGCGAUGACGACAUCAUCACCAUCGACGAAGACGAGCCUCCUGUCAAGAAAUCCGCUGCUCGCAAGCCGCCAUCCAUCAAGCAGGCUGGUAAGGCGAAAGCUGUGCCUGUCAAGAAGGCGAAACGGAUUGCCGACAGUGAAGACGAGGAUGCAUUCAUGAACGAGGACGAUGUGGUGGAGGUGGUGCCCAAGCGGACUGAAGCACCAAAACGCGCGGCGCGGGCUGCGACGAAGAGUAGUUAUGUGGAGAUUGCUUCGUCUGAUGGUGAAGAGGUGCAGGAUGGUUCCGAGUUUGAAGACUUUGACUGA